CCUUGGACCGUCUCGGUCACAUGAUGGACUGCCCUGUCUCUGUUGCAGACAAAUUUCUGCCAGCAAAACUCCGUCCUCUUCUUAUUCCAACAUUUUCUUCUACGGAGUACUUAUUUUUCUUCUCCGCCAUUAAUGCGGUAAUGCCCUUCCAGUAUCUUCUCUCUCUUGCUUCUCUGAAAUUAGACGGGCUCUUUUAGCUGCUGCUUCUCCUCUGUAAUAACAUCUCUCUAUCAUUAAACCCAGCAUUAAUUGCAGAUUUUUUAAAUUCUCCACCAUUUGGAGUUUUCGAAUAUCCCCUAAAAGUUAUUGCAUCUUCCUAAACCCGACUCUCUUAUAAGUCCUGGCUGCUGAUUUGCUGAAUCAAACUCUACUGCGCCCUAGCUCAGUUCGAUCAAAGAGCAUAUUUUGGAGAGAUUAUUCAUCGAUCUAGUGGCCGUUGAGUUGAGGCAAGCUUAGCCGCCAGCCCCAUCGAAGAUGAGAUGAAAGUGACAGUGAGAUUUGGCAAAUUAUUGUAAGUGCAAUGUGGUUUAUGCCUUGGUAGGGUAGAAUUAUAGAAGGCAAAAUGAGGAAAAGUUCUACUUCAUUUCGGAAUUCGGGAACUUAUACAAGCCCAUCAACACCAGAGUAUGGAGACAAUCAUAUUGGUGGGGUCCAAAAGGGUUGGAGUUCAGAGCGCGUCCCUUUACCCACAAACAAUAUCCGAAGGAGGAAUGUUACUUCAACCGCAUUGAUCCCGUUCAGUAAUAAUGCAAGGGCGUUUCCAUCAAAAUGGGAUGACGCCGAGAGGUGGAUCACUAGUCCAUUGUCAAGUUUUGGUGUUUGCAACCCAUCAGCUGCUCAACCUCACAGGCAUGCCAAGUCAAAAAGUGGGCCGCUUGGAACUUCAGGUCAUAUGUAUAUGCCAAAUUAUUCACCCAAUGUUCCAUUCAUUGAAGGGGGAGGAGGCAUUAGUAAAUUCACUGGGAGUUCACCAUUUACAACUGGUGUAAUUGUUCCUGAAGGCUUAUGCAUUCAUUAUGAUAAUUCCAUUAAUCCUAAUGCUAACUCACUGUGUGCUGAGAAGAGGAUUACUCGAGCUUAUAGUGUGCCUGGUCUGUCAGAUUCAUUGAGUGACGCCUCCUCAUUGCCUAGCUCUCGAGAUGAUAAACUUGGUACAGGGAAGGUCGCAGAAUCAGAUGAGUUGCAUGUGGUUUCAAGGAGGGAUAUGGCAACGCAGAUGAGCCCAGACGAGAGUAUUCAUUCAUCUCCCAAAGAACGCUCACCACUGCCUUCCUUUCCUCUCCCAAUCCCUGUGGAGGAUGAACACAACAAACUCUCUGCUAAGGUUGAAAUUAGAGACGUACAAGUAGACAAAGGUGUUUCCAUUUCCAACCACAGGUCAGGAAAAUUAGAGAAAAAGUCUCCAAAUGUCAUUGCCUCGUCACAUUGGAAUAUUGCCGAGACAACAGGAAGUGGGUCGAAGGAGGAAGCAAGAAUCGGUGCAUGGGAGAACUUGCAGAAGGCAAAAGCUGAAGCUGCUAUUCAAAAACUAGAGAUGAAGCUAGAAAAGAAGAGGUCUGCAUCAAUGAACAAGAUUUUGAACAGGUUGCGAUAUGCCCAGAGUAAAGCUCAAGAGAUGAGGGGUGCAAUUUCAAAAAGUCAUGGCACAAAAGUUUCAGACAAAGUCAGGAAGCGUUUUAAGGUCUCCUUUGGAGGCUGCUUAUCCUGCCGCACUCUUUAGAACUAGGUUCUCAAAUUUCACCAGCACUGUUGAAUCCUAGUGAGUAAUAUAUUGCAAGUAGAGCUCAGCAUGUGUCAGUUUUUGUACCAAUUUUGUAUAAAGGAACAGAUCUGUGUACAUCAUGAGACUACAAUGAAUAUCAUUUAUUGGGGUACAAUUUGUGAACCAACUGAUCCUCGAGCCUUACCGUAUGUUUGAAUCACGAGUAGGCAGGGUGCUAAAUGAUUUGUCUUCCUUCCAU